AUGGGCACAUGCAUAGCUCCAGAAGCGCCUAAAGGCCCACCGGCUCAAGUUAUAUCAUCACCACCGGCAGAUUAUACUGGUAGAAAUGCUAGUAAUCCUUAUCAAUCACCUGCAGUGGAUACAACUAUCCCUACAGGAGCACAGCAACAGCAGCAACUACAACAGCAACAACAAUAUCAACAACCAUUUCUACCACCUCCAAUGGAACAAAAUGUCGGACAAGCUAAUCUUAACCAUCAAGAAAUGACUGAUACAAAUACAGCAUCGAAUAAUCAAAAAUUGCCAACAGCACCUUCAGCUCCUCUAGAAAUGCCACAAAAGCCAACACCAUCAGUGAAAGACCGCGUUAAAACGCCACCAGUACCUAAAAAUCAACAAGAACGAUUCGUCGACGAACAAGAUGAUACAAAUGAGCCUAGUAGAAAAGCAACACCUCCACCACAAUUCGAUAGUAAAGCCUCCCAUCAAGGCAAUGAUAGUGAUGAAGAUUAUGAAGAUAUUGAACCUGUUGAUGUAUACGAGGAAGUGGUUAAACAAUACAUGAUUUUCGAAGAACAAAUUAUUCGCCUGAAGAAAACUUACAGUCAUCAGAAAUUAGAUCACAGCCAUUCAAACAUGAAAGUAUUACAAGAAAAUAUCCAAGUAGCUACUAAAAAGUUAGAAGAUUUAAAGAGACAAACACUACGAGAAAUUACGAAAUAUAAUAAAAAUAUGGGGAAAAGAUCUUACUGA